GAAGUAUUCUCGCUUCAGAGACAGCGGUACAGGCAUUCAGGUUUUCCUGACUCCCUUGGCGUCUUCGACGUCCGCCUCCUCGUUCAAAUCCUUCCUCUUUGUGCCCUCUCUACUAGUCGGUCUAGCUCGCGCCUUGCUGCUUCUGGUCCUCACAGCGCUAUGGGCUCUGCUUAGCUCGACAAUUGGCGCCACGAGCAGGGGAGCUAAAGGGGCAAUUCAUGCCAUCCUUGGUCAAGCAAUAUUGCUCGUCAUGGGCUUCUCCUUGGUAAAGACAGAGACUGUGUCGCUCAAGAACCGCGGUAGAGCAGCUGCCCUCUCUGCGAACCGGGCCAACCCCUUCGAGCCAAAGAGGGGAGACAUCAUCCUUUCCAACUUCUCAUCCUGGCUCGACGUUCUCAUCACAGCGGUGAAAUUCAAUCCUAUCUUUCUCCUGCCCGUCGUCUCUCCUUCCUCGGCGACUCCUGCCGCCUCUAGCUCCUCGCAGGCAAAGCCUUCACCAGCAAGAAGGAGGAAUGCCGGAGCGUCCGUGGUGACGGAGACGAAUGCGAAGCAGGCGCAGGCUAGCCCAGCUGCUGAUCAGACGAGGGAGAAGCGAUUCUUGGGUUUCCGGGAAGUGUCGCUGUGGCAGGCGCUGGCUUCUGCAGGCAAGACGCCUUUGAUACAUGGGAAAGAUGCGGGUUCGUAUAGGGACUUGGCAACGAUCGCAAAGGAAGCUGCGGGACCAGUCAUGGUGUUCCCAGAGCUGGUCACCUCAAACAAUCGAGGUCUACUGCGAAUGGCCUCCAUCUUCCCUCCUUCUUGGCGGGAUCUGUACAAGGUCACAGGCGCUCUACGGAUCGGCAGAGGCCAAUCGGAACUCUACAUCAUGUCCAUCAAACACGACGCUCCGACCCCCGUCUGCAGCAGCUCAACCCUCUCUAUCCCCACUCCCCUCAAUCCCCUCCUACACAUCUGGUCCCUCUGCUCCUCCCUCUCCUUUGCCAAAGGUCUACAAGUGCGUCUACUAGAUCCCAGCGAAUCCCCAACUUCAGGAAGCUACCUAGCCGACGCUUCUGUCGGGACGAAGGGUGCUGGCUCUAGUGGAGGAGGGGAAGACGCGCUUGCAGAGGCGGUGGGGGGACUUAUCUCGUCUCUUUCCAGGUUGAAGAGGACCGGGUUGGGUUGGGAGGACAAGGAGAUCUUCUUGGAGAUGUACAAUGGGUCUGGAGGGGCUGGGAGAAAGUAGAAAGAGAGAGAGGGUGGUGAGGGUAGACGUAGCUGUAGAUGCUGAGACAGAGGCAACUGAAUGGACAGAAGGAAGGAAG